CGACUCUGUUGAUUGAUUUUCAUCGUAUUGAUCUUCGCAUACUUCUACCUCAUUUCACCUUUGGAUUCAAGGGCGCCUUUGCUUUUUGUCAAAAAAUGUAACGAAGUACAUUAAUGAAACCACAAAAAGUGUUGUCUACAGUUUUUGUGUGUAUAUUCAUAGUUUGAGACGAUUAGUUAUGAAGUGCCUCUUUCUUAAGCGAUCGCUCAGCCGUGAAUUGUCGACCCAACUUACGCCUGUUUAAAAAGCAAAUAUUGUAAAGUUCAGAACCUAGGAGUGUGGAAGAGGCCGGUUUUAUUCUUAAAGCAGAAAUGUAACUUCCUAGUCUGUUGGUCUGUGUCCCUCGGUCACAAAAUUUCGGAUUUCUCAAGGAUCAGACGCAAAAAAUGGAUUCUCCUUCUGUUUCUGCUACAGUUGUGUGUCUUCUGAUGUCUUUGCCAGGUGCCUCCGCUCUGGAUGUCGGGAUAGAUGGUAUCAUAGGAUCAACCAUAGCAGCAGGCCUCAUGUUGAUGGCCAUAGUUAUCGUGUCCGCCAUUCUUUGUUACCGGUUGUCACCUCCAAGUGGACCUGCAAAGCCACGGCACCGAAAACCGCCACCAAAACCAAAAUAUGACAUGAACGGAAACGCGCCAAAUGGUAUUCCACUGCAAACACGAGUGCCAAAUGGAGUCAUGAGGUCUCCACAUGGAACACAGAGAAGCCACCUCAGUAGGCAGAUGGGUAGUCAUAGAGGACCUCCGAUGGGUAGUCAAAGAGGACCUCCAGGUCCCUUAAGGUUUGCCGCUGCUCCACCAGGUCUAUACAGGUCAAUGAUGCCGCCAUAUUUCAUGCACCCUCCAUAUCAGCAGAUCAUCUACAUUGACGAAUCAGAUGAUGAUGAUGAACGUUCAGUGCGAUCCACAAUGCGAGAACACAAAAAGAGAUACAGAAGAUCCUACUUUUCAGCUAGUAAAGAUGCAUCUUCCAAAGUAGAGAUUAAAAAAAGGUCUAGAAGACCACAUCCAAAACUUCGCGAUUUUCUUCACUCAAACCCUCCAGGAGACCAGAAUAAACCAGCCGAUACAAUAACCAAGGAUUCUGAAGAAGAAACGAAGAAUGAGCAAAGGCGGGAUUCAGAUUCAAGUGGGUCGAGUCGUUUUGCUAGUUCGACAAGUUCUACUAGUUCAAGUACUAGUUCUACCGCUAGUUACACAAAUAAGAAAGGGGAACUUGAAAGUGAAGAAGGGCAGAUGAAAUUUUCUGAUGAAGACACGAGCAAAAAGUCUCCUGAAAGAAGACGAAGAUCAAAAUCUCCCGAGAAGCAGACUACAGAAAAGAGGAGAUCUCGAUCCAAAUCUCCCGAAAAUGUUGCUCUUCUAAGACAAUCAGCGAAUCGAGACCUAUCCCCAAGGAUGUCCAAGGAAUCCAAUGACGAGGUCAAGCAAAUCGAUGACAUGUUCAGCGGACUAAAUGCUGAACCCACACCAGGUGACAUCAUAUUUAGAGAUGGUGGUGAGAGUUCAUCGAAGCAGACGACUCCAAGAAAAUCAUAUACGGAGGAAGAAAGGAACCUGGUGAUGGAAUCUUCCACUGCUGAAUAUGCUAAGGUUAUAAAACCAAGCGAACCAGUGGGAGAAGUUAAGAGGUCAGCGGAGGACGAUACUACGGCACUUUAUGCUUCUGUUGUUAAACCAACAACUUCCGCUGGAUAUGAUGGGAGCAGAGGAAACCCUCUACGACAGUCCAUGUCGGACCAGUUGGAAAAUAUUAUUCAAAGUAGACAUGACGGUAAACCUACAGAAUUUGACAAAAAUUAUGAUGAAGACGAUGAUAGAGAAGUGAAAAAUAUUUCAGAGUAUCCCAGAAAAUCUUACAGUCUUUCUCAGUCAGAGAGACGUGACAUUUCUUCCCGAGGCUUUUCACAAAACGCCCAGUUGUCAAAAUCAAGUAGACACUAUAGGGAUGAUCGUGACGAUUUCACAUUUGAUCGUGAUUACACGAGAGAGAACCGGCCAGUGACGCCGCCAGUUGAUAUACCCAGUGAACCGGUAACUCCAAGAGAAUCCUUCAACAGACCUGAAAGAUCUUCUGUUUACCCAAAACGCCCCGAAACACCGCCAUUUGAUGCUGUUGAGACACCUCGUGUUUCAACAACAGAGAGACCUCUUACGCCUCCUUUUGACGCUGAAACAGACAGGUCAACAAAAGAGAAAAAGUCGCCGCUCUCGCCACCCACAGAAUCGAGAGGACCUCCAGAUAUGAAGGCAGCAUUUUCAAACCAGGUUCUUCGUGAGUUACAGCAAAGACAAAGAGGGGCUUCCGUAGACGAUGAUGAUGAUGAUGAUGACGCAAGUAAUUCACGUGCAGUAAACUUCUCAGCAGCGCCACCGGAAAUCAUACCACGAUCAGAACCAAAUAGUCCACGAACCUCUAUGAAUAUUCCACAAAGCGGAGCACCGCCGCCUCCCCCUCCUCCUCCACCCCCACCACCCCCUCCUCCCAUACCAUGACAUAGUACCUAACUAGAAAGAUAAUAUCUUAAUGCGCAAUACUUAGUGAUGUGGAAGAGUACAAAAAAUUAAUGGUGUGUUGUAGAAAUAUUAGAAAACUGUAAUAGAAUUUCAAAUGCAUAAUUGAGUUUUGUUUGGUCAUUUGUGCGGAUAUUACUAAAGAUAUGUAAAUGUUGCCAAAUGAGGACUUUUGAAAGUGCUUUAAAUUUGAGUCUAGAUAAUUGUAUACAUAUUAUGUCUUUUAACAUAAGGUAUUUGUUCACUACAAUAUUAUUUUUAUUGAACAUUUAUUCUUAGGUAGGAUAUAGAUUCUUUUAUUUGAUGUUGUUUAUAAAUCAUCUUAAAUUUAAUUCAUAGUUUAAUAAUGUUAGACAUUAUCACGCAAUGUGAAGCU